CUCUACUCUCUCUCUCUCCUCCCUCCCUCUCUCUCUCUCUCUCUCUCUCUCUCUCUCUCUCUCUCUCUCUCCCUCUCUCAUACGCACACUCCACUCGCCGGCACGCGGAACAUGGCGGAAGAGCGGAACGGCGGGCGUCGCGAGGAAUCUGACCGGUACCCGCGCGCGGGCGCCUUGCUGAGCGCGCAGAAGCGCCAGGCGCGCGUGACGGUGAAGUACAACCGAAAGGAGCUGCAGAGGCGGCUGAACGUGGAGACCUGGGUCGAGGACGCGCUCGAGGAGCUGUACGCGGGAGCGGAGGACGAAAUGCCAGAAGAGAUCGAUAUCGACGACCUGUUGGUUCUCCAGAGUGAUGAGCAGCGAGCACAAAAACUACAGAAGCUGCUGCAGACCUGCAGGAACGACAUACAGGCGUUCGUCACUGAGCUGCUCCAGAAGCUGCAAGGCCUCCACAAACAGGAGGAGCUUCAGAACGAGGGCAUCGGCCAUCCCUGUCUCCACAGUUACCCCCAUCAUCACGGCAACGUCCACCACCACGGCCACGCCCAUCACCCACAUCAGCAGCAAACGCACCAGACGCUCUAGCUAUGUCCCACAAUGCACUGUGGCAGGGAGAGCACCUCCCACACACGGACUCUCACGCGUAAACACCUGUGAUGUCACUACCGUCCCCAAGAUUUGUUACUAACCAGUUUAUUUUGAUGGUUAACUUAUGAUUCACUUACACCUCUUGUUGCUUAGUAACCGUGUAACUGUACAGAAGAUUUUCACGUAGGCUUACAGGCCACCGCACAGCGGAGGUGUCACGUCAGAGAACUUGUAGAGGAGAAUUACCACUCCGUAAUGUCUUCCAGGUUUCUCAAACACUAGAGGGCGCUCCCGAGUCCAAAAUGAAUGGGUUAAGAU